CUGGCACCAUGCAUCACGGCUCAUCAUCAUCACAAGUCUCUCGAGACUAUUGAGCUGAAAUCAACAGGACUCCGGAGAGAAGCACUUGCGUUGGGAUUCAACUCACUGACGACCCUUGAACUGCGUGGCUGUUGGUUCUCUCAUUCUCUGCGGGAAACAGUUGAUCCUUUCGGAGAUAUCCCUUGUUUAAACAACCUCAAACUCAUAGAAUGCAAGUCGUCGAAACGUUACUUGUUGAAAGUAUCGGGACUCCAGCUGCUGCACCUCGAGAUUCAAAAGAAGACUUGGGACAAGGAGGAAAUCGAAGUUUUUGCUCCAAAGCUGGAAUCUUUCUCUUAUAAGGGUUGGAUCCUACAGCUCGUCAAGCUGAGCCUUCCUACUUUGGAUUGCGCGAAUAUCCGCAUGGGGUGGUGUGGAAUCCAGCCUUGGAGGGAGCAAUCCAUUGCAAAACAGGAGGAGCAGAGAUAUAUGAAGUUGUUGCGUGAGCUGCAUAAUGCAACAUCUCUCAACCUACGUUUUGACAAAUUGGGCGGCCGUUAUCCUUGGGAAAAACACCUAUUUCCUUUUACUCGCAUGAAGCCGUUAAUGGAGCGUGAAGGCUCUCCUUUUACCAGAUUGAGAACUCUGAGGGUACAGUAUCCACAAGAGCCUCCUGACACACCUUAUCAAGUGAUUCGUUACUUUAUGGAAGGCUCUCCUAAUACCGAAGACAAGUUUGUUAAGUUCGAGAGGAAGGUAAAAUAG